AUGUGCAAAUACGUCACUCAUCUGCGCGUCUGCAACGUCUGCAGCCAUGAAGAUACUGUCCUCAUCUCAGAAAGGUUAUGCAUGCUUGCCAAGAGGAACGGGGUAUUUGGCAGUUGUGAUUCAGGGAUCGGCAGUGACAGCAACAGCACCAGACACCACUGUUGGAAGUGCAAGGAGAGGAUCCGCCGGGUCCCACGGGCUUCAUCGGCAUUGCAUCGUACACCAACAACUCUUCCCAGUGAUGCUGGCAUCGCCAUUGGAGUCUUUUUUCCCAUUGUCAAACAACACCUCGUUCGACAAGUAGACACAACUCCAGCCAAAAUGCUUUCCAUCAGAUCCAUCGCGCGCUCUGCGCCGAGAACCCUUACUCGCCUCUCGGCCACCACUCUCAGACAGAGCGCCCGCCCCAGCGCAUUCGUCAAGGCCUCAUCAUUUGGCGCCGUCCAGCGCGCUUCUGCCUUUUCCAGCUCCGCCUUCAGGAAAGCCCCUGCCGGCGAGACCGACGCUGAGCUUCUCGCCAAGCUCGAGAGCGAGCUCUCCUUCGAGGAUGAGGUCAAGCAGAACGAGCAGCUGCCCGCCAGCGUCAAGGACUUCCUCGACAACAGCCCGUUUGAGCUCCACGACACCCCCGGCAAGGAGGAGGUCAAGCUUACCCGCAAGUUUGGCGAGGAGAAGAUCACUGUCACCUUCUCCAUCGCCGAUCUCGCCAACUACGACCCCGAGAUGUACGAGCAGGACCGCGCCCUGGACGACGAGUACGACCCCUCCGAGCCCCAGACCAAGCAGAACGGUGCCCGCUCCGCCAACCCCGAGGAGGACAUCGAGGACGAGGAGGGCGAGCUGGACGAGGCCGCUCCGCCCUGCCGCCUGAGCAUCGUCGUCGAGAAGCCUGGCAAGGCCGACGGCGCCCUUAACAUCGACGCCACCGCCCAGGACGGCGCCAUCACCGUCGAGAACAUGUACUACUACGAGGACGGCAAGCUGGCGCACGGCUCCUCCGCCGACAUCGCCCACGCCCGCGCCGACGUCUACCCCGGACCCCCCUUCGGCAGCCUCGACGAGGACCUGCAAAUCCUGAUGGAGCGCUACCUCGAGGAGCGCGGCAUCACUCAGGCCCUGGCCAUUUUUGCACCCGACUACAUUGACGUCAAGGAGCAGAAGGAGUACGUCCGCUGGUUGAAGAACGUCAAGGGCUUCGUCAACGCCUAA